AUGUCUGAUACAGAUUUGUCUCCUAGUGAAGGUGCAGUUAAUUUAGAAAGUGAAGCUGAUAUUGCAAAUAGUUAUAUUUAUAUAAAUAAUGAUGGUAUUGAUAAUAACAACCAUGAUGAUAUUAUUUACAAUCAAGACAAUUUUAAUAAUAAGGAUAAUAAUAGUAACAAUAGUAAUGAUAUAGAUGACUAUAACAAUAUUCCAACUAACAACAACAAUAAAAAAACCAACUUGAAAAGAAAAAAUGAUUGUGAUGAUUUACCAAGGAAACAAUUUGAAUUUAGAGAUAGGAAGAAAAAAAAUUAUAAAAUUUAA